CCCCGGCCGCGGCAGGAGCCGUCACCGCCCCCCGCGCGCCAGCCGCUCCAGGGGCCACAGCUGCCCGAGGCAGCGCCCGGGAUCACCCGUUUUCGAAGCAGCCCCUGGCAGCAGCCGCCUCCGCCGCAGCACCGGCGGCGAGGACGCGAGCCCGAGGGCGCAACGGGGCUUCCCGGGGCUCCGGCACCGGAGGGGGACCCGGAGGAGGAGGACGGGGGCGCGGCCGGGCAGCGGAUAUGCGGCCGGCCGGGGAGUAGCCACAACGGCAGCGGAGACGGGGGCGCUGCCGCCCCGAGCGCCCGACCCCGGGACUUCCUGUACGUGGGGGUGAUGACCGCGCAGAAGUACCUGGGCAGCCGCGCUCUGGCGGCGCAGCGAACCUGGGCGCGCUUCAUUCCCGGCCGCGUGGAGUUCUUUUCCAGCCAGCAGCCCCCCAACGCCGGGCCCGGUCAGCCCCCGCCACCCCUGCCUGUCAUCGCGCUGCCGGGGGUGGACGACUCCUACCCUCCUCAGAAAAAGUCCUUCAUGAUGAUCAAGUACAUGCACGACCACUACCUGGACAAGUAUGAGUGGUUCAUGCGCGCCGACGACGAUGUCUACAUCAAAGGUGAUAAGUUAGAAGAGUUUCUUAGAUCACUGAACAGCAGCAAGCCUCUCUAUCUGGGGCAGACUGGCCUGGGAAAUAUUGAAGAACUUGGAAAACUGGGGCUAGAGCCUGGAGAGAAUUUCUGCAUGGGAGGACCUGGCAUGAUCUUUAGCCGAGAAGUUCUCAGGAGGAUGGUGCCACAUAUUGGUGAAUGCCUUAGAGAAAUGUACACAACUCAUGAGGACGUGGAAGUUGGAAGAUGCGUUCGCCGUUUUGGUGGGACUCAGUGUGUCUGGUCUUAUGAGGUAAGCCUUGAGCUGUGAUGACAAUGUUCACAU